GUGCUACAGACAAGGUUCAGGUGAUCGAGUAUGCUACUGAGACGAGUAUCGACGCAGAGGUCUUGGCCAGGUUGGAGAGGGACGCAUCGGCACGGCACCUACUCUUCACCUCCGACCCCUGUGAUAUUUUUACUGUCCGAUCGAGCAAGUUGUCGAUGCCGUCUCUCCCGGAUGUCUUGAACCAGCCCUUGGCAUGGCCAUCUGGAUUCGAGGCUACCAUGUUGUCUUAUGAGAGCGUGGACUUUGAGAUGUUGGCAAAAUCAAUGGAAAUGCUGGAAGGUUCUAUUGUUGACGAUCUCACUGCUAUGUCGUUGGACGGCGAUGGAUGCGCGGAAGAAGCAGCACCACUUCCAGUAGAAUACAUACCAACAGCAUCGCAUCCCGACAUCAUGUUUUUCCAAAUCACGUGCAAGUACCCCAAGAAGAUCGCUGCAGACUCGGCCGAAGGAUUAUUCAAUACAGGCGACAUUGUGGUUAGUGCUCUGAAGAUGAAGUCUACUGUGACCGAGCUGGAAUACUAUCUAGUUGGUGAUGGGAAGGAUACGGACAGGGGGAGGAUCCUCACGUGGCGGUCUCUGAUGGAGUGCAUGGAUGAAAUUUGCAGGUGUCCUCCAUCUGGGCUCCUAUUCUACACGCUUCGCGGCAUCAGUGGACACGACGAGGUCAGAGUAUCCGACGCGCUGGCCCUCUUGCUAGAAAGUCAGGCGCUGGAGUCAGCCAUGACGGAUGCGUCACUUACAAUAUCCAGCGACGACGGCGAUGUGGAGGACACGUUGAAGUUCAUGCUUGCGCACGGCAUCGUGGAGCGGCUUGUCGACACGCCGACUUCAUCAUCGUGGCGCAUCACACUAGUUGGCGAGGACAUGGUGGAGGCAUGCACCAGACUUCAUCCCGACGACUUCGAGAAGAUUGCGGUUCCCAGGGAGGACAUCGACAUCAAGUCCAUGACGCAGUUCGAAUUGAUUCAUUACUUGAGAAAUAUUGGUUGGAUUGGUAGCGUGUGGCACACCACUGCAAGUGAUUCCCGGCCUCCCCCUGUCAUGGUUGAAAAUGGGGGGCCCAAAAUUUGGUACGUCAAGAAAGCAAGCGUCUGCAUCAGCAAGGCGUACCUUCUAGCGAUGGCCCGCAUGGAUGAAGCGAAGGUUGAGACCAUCGAGCAUUUCAGGCAAGAUAAAUACUACAAUGGGCUGUUCAAG